AUGCCUCUUUUUGGUAAGAAGAAGGAUAAAACACUAGUUGAUAACCAGCAAUCGACAAGAUCGCCCCCAGAACCAAACGAACAACGCCCAAGCAAUCCUCAACAUACUCCGCCUGAAUCCAAUGGCACUCAGGUACCCCGGAGUCAGCCGGUGGAUCCUCCAAGGCCCAAAUUAGUGUUCCAUUGUCAGCAAGCUCAUGGCAGUCCCACGGGAAUCAUAUCCGGUUUUACGAAUGUAAAGGAAUUGUAUCAGAAAAUAGCAGAUGCGUAUGACAUGGAUGUAACUGAUAUUCUAUUCUGUACGCUGAACACACACAAGAUAGACAUGACCAAAUUGCUAGGUGGCCAGAUAGGAUUGGAUGAUUUCAUCUUUGCACAUAUAAAGGGACGACCAAAGGAACUGGAUGUUACAAAGUCAGAAGAUGCCCUGGGCUUGACAAUCACAGACAAUGGUGCUGGAUACGCGUUCAUCAAAAGAAUUAAGGAAAAUAGCAUUAUGGACACAAUGCCUUUAAUUGCUGUUGGAGAUCACAUAGAAAAAAUAAAUGGAAAGAACUUAGUAGGGUGUCGUCAUUUCGAGGUGGCAAAAAUGUUAAAAGAUAUACCAAAGGGGAGCACAUUCACCAUCAGAACAGUGGAACCCUUGAAGUCAGGUUUUUCAAAUAUUGGCCCAUCAUCUGGAAAGAAGGGAUCUAGUAAAUAUGGUUCUGGGAAAGAAACACUACGCAUCAGGUCAUCUGGGCCAGCCACUGUGGAAAUCCCGGAUGAGGUGGUAAAUGUUGCUGUGGACAAGAUCAAUGGGCUGCUAGAAUCAUUCAUGGGGAUCAAUGACUCGGAACUAGCUACAACCAUAUGGGAGAUGGGAAGCACCUCAGAGAACCCUCACGAGUUUACAGUGAAAGUGGACGAGUCGGAGAUUAAAGAUUUUGGAUUUACAGACGACUUUAUAUUUGACCUCUGGGGAGCUAUUAGUGAUGCCAAGCAGGGAAGGCUUAACAAGAUGGCAACUUUCGAGGAGCAGUUUUAGUACUUGACAAAAUACCUGUAGUCAUUAUGUAUUGAGUCAUUGAAGUGUUACAGAUCCUGUAUUUGGUUUUGUGUAUUGCCAUAUCAUUUAAAAAAUGCCCAAUCACUGGUCAAUAUGUUAAGUUUGUCAAUCAUUAAAGAUGUAUGCGCACUGUUUCAUAAAUGUUACCUUUCUGGCGUUAAAGAUUUUAAGUGUCCUGUUAUGUAAAAAAAUCACUGGUGUUGAUGAUUUAUUGAUGUGUGUAAAUAGUAUUUUAAGGAACAUGAUGCACACUGUUCCUGUUUGUUGGUUUGUACUGUAUUUUUGUAUCUGGAAAU